AUGGAUACCAAUAUGGAGGACGUAGGCCGAGUUCCUACUGAACUGGCACCAUUACCUCCCUCAGAGCCUACUACCAUUCCCACUCUCGACGGUUGGAUCGAAAGCUUGAUGAACUGCAAGCAGCUUGCUGAAUCCGAUGUCCAGAGACUCUGCGAGAAGGCCAGGGAAGUUUUGCAGGAUGAAUCCAACGUCCAGCCGGUGAAAUGUCCGGUAACGGUCUGUGGUGAUAUCCACGGUCAAUUCCACGAUUUGAUGGAGUUAUUCAAGAUUGGUGGUCCUAACCCUGAUACCAACUACCUAUUUAUGGGUGACUACGUUGAUCGAGGAUACUACUCCGUCGAGACGGUGACUCUGCUCGUCGCCUUGAAGAUUCGAUACCCCCAGCGCAUCACUAUCCUACGCGGUAACCACGAAUCCCGCCAGAUUACCCAAGUGUACGGCUUCUACGACGAGUGCUUGCGCAAGUACGGCAAUGCCAACGUUUGGAAGUUUUUUACCGACCUUUUCGACUACCUCCCCCUCACCGCUCUCAUCGACAACCAGAUCUUCUGUCUCCACGGUGGUCUAUCGCCGAGUAUUGAUACCCUUGAUAACAUCAGAGCCCUAGAUCGGAUCCAAGAAGUCCCCCAUGAAGGUCCCAUGUGCGACCUGUUAUGGUCAGACCCCGACGACCGAUGCGGUUGGGGUAUCAGCCCACGCGGUGCGGGUUAUACCUUCGGACAGGAUAUCUCGGAAGCGUUCAACCAUAACAAUGGUCUAACUUUGAUCGCGCGAGCUCAUCAAUUGGUCAUGGAAGGAUAUAACUGGUCGCAAGAUAGAAACGUUGUUACCAUCUUCUCUGCACCAAACUACUGCUACAGAUGUGGUAACCAGGCGGCUAUCAUGGAGAUUGAUGAGCACUUGAAGUACACCUUCCUACAAUUCGAUCCAUGCCCGCGGGCUGGUGAGCCGAUGGUUUCCCGACGCACACCCGACUACUUCCUGUAAGCUUCCACCAAUAAUCUUGGUGCCGCGCCUUGAAGCAGAUGCGUGGAUUCAAGGUUUUAGGGUCUCCGGGAGUUACGUUGAGCCUAGAUCGCCAUACCCCUGCUAUUACCGAAAGUCAGAAUGCGAUCUAUAGACAUGGCCACACCAAAUAGCAGACACUACAAAGUCACAUAAUGGAACCCGUCGACGGUCUUGUGUUAGGCCGGUACCGAUGGGGGUUGGUUCUGGUCUAAAAAGGAGUCCGACGCGGGACGAAUUUAUUUAUUUGUCCCUCGCCAUGAUGUUAUAGGUGGUGCCGAUUGUCUCUUGGUGAGAGAGGCAUGAUUUUGAGCAACUUAAUGGAAAGUAGAUGCCCAAGCAUU